AUGUCAACAAAGGAAGUAGUAACAUUAGAAUUACCAUGGGUAGAAAAGUAUAGACCUCAUAUAUUAGACGAUAUAGUCGGAAAUUCAGAAACAAUUGAAAGACUCAAGAUUAUUGCCCGAGAUGGAAAUAUGCCCAAUAUGAUCAUAUCAGGAUUACCAGGUAUUGGUAAAACCACAUCCAUUCAUUGUUUAGCAUAUGAAUUACUUGGACCUAAACAUUAUCAACAAGCUACUCUUGAAUUAAAUGCUUCGGAUGAUAGAGGGAUUGAUGUUGUACGUAAUAAAAUUAAACAAUUUGCUCAAACUAAAAUAUCAUUACCACCUGGACGUCAAAAGAUUAUUAUUCUUGAUGAAGCUGAUUCAAUGACUCCUGGUGCACAACAAGCUUUAAGAAGAACUAUGGAAAUAUAUUCUAAUACUACUAGAUUUGCAUUUGCAUGUAAUCAAUCGCUGAAAAUUAUUGAACCUUUACAAUCAAGAUGUGCAAUUUUAAGAUAUAAUAAAUUAGCUGAUCAAGAAGUAUUGGCAAGAUUAUUAGAAAUUGCCAAAAUGGACGAUGUUAAAUAUAAUAGUGAAGGUUUACAAGCUUUGAUUUUCACUGCAGAGGGGGAUAUGAGACAAGCAAUUAAUAAUAUGCAAAGUACAGUUGCUGGAUUUGGAUUUGUUAAUGAUAUAAAUGUUUUCAAAAUUGUGGAUCAACCUCAUCCAUUAGUCAUUAGAAAGAUUUUAUCAUAUUGUAUAAAGGAUAAGAAUAUCGAUAAAGCACUUGAAUUAUUAGAUGGAUUAUGGUAUAAGGGUUAUUCAGCCAUUGAUAUAGUGACACUGACUUUUAGAGUGGCUAAAACCAUACCUGAUGUUAAUGAACAAAUAAGAUUAGACAUGAUUAAAGAAAUUGGAUUUGUACAUAUGAGAAUCUUGGAAGGGGUAUCUACAUAUUUGCAAUUAUGUGGAAUGUAUUCUAAAAUUUGUGAUAUUAGUUAA